AUGGCUGCCGAGCUCGAGGAAACGACCAUGACAGCGAAAGAUGCAACCAGGGCGAUCUCGGCAAGGGAUGCCCCUUCGCUGGCUGUCUUCUUCCGGAACCUCUUCGACCCAGCGGCCUCGCGCGCAGGUCCCCAACACGUUUGUCUCAAGCGGGCUUUCGCUCUCCUCGAGAGCCGUUGGAGUCUGGAUGCCGAGGAGGGAACCUACCAGUUGCCCACGACCGGUCACCACGAACCUGCCGUCCCGUUUGGCGAGUCCUUCCUCUCGCCCGAGGUGUUCGUGAGCGUUGUGGCGUUCUUGGACGUGCCCCAGACGAUGCAGAGCGCGCGAACGUCAAAGGCCUGGUGGCGCAAUGCUGCGGCCCACGUCGACUUGACCAACCUCCGCCCCCGGUCGCCAAUCUACGGCACAUCGCUUUGGGGUGGGCCGUCCGUUGCACGCCCGAGGGGUCUCAAGUGGAAUGACAUUCUCAUCCAUCUGAGGCACAUCAAGAACACGAAUCCUCGCAGAGCGGUUCGACGCCUGACGUUCAACAGUUCCACGAAGCUCGGCAGCCUUUCCAACCUUUCCUCCGCCACGACAGGGCUGCUCACCCACAUCGACUUUUCGCGCUCGCGUCGCGACGUCGACUUUGAUCAGCUGGGGGUGCAACUGCCAGGGCUCCGAGGCCUGGCGGUCCAGUCCCUAUCUUACUACACAGCUGCUAGAGACCAGGCGUGGACCAAGAGCUUAGCAAAGCUCAUUUCUACCGUUUCGUUGGAGAGCCUGCGGCUGCGCCACACAGGUUUGGAUGACUCCUCUCUCGCUGUGCUUGCCGGAGCGGGAGACUCUCUGUUGAGAUGCACGUUCAGCGGGGGCUCCGCGAUCAUCGAAGAAGGAAUGGCGGUCCUAGGCGCCGCGGCUCCCCGGCUUGAAACACUCGCGGUCCACCACGUCCGCGUGACCAACAGCGGCUGGGAGAAGUUCGGCAAGGCGCGACUGGCGUCCAAACGGCACCUCAUCUCCGUCCACAUUACACCCGCGAGUGCCGCGCAUGUCCCGUCGAAGGCGACGCGGGCGGUGUUGCUACGGGCUGUGACGAAAAGCCUGGUCUUCUCCUUGGGCGGGCGCUCGUCGAGCGGUGGCAGCAGCAGCAGCAGCAGCAGCAGCGAUGCUCCGGCGUCUCAGCCUGUUCUGAUCGACUGCAAGGGCAGCAAAGUUGGUGUUGCUGAAGCCCCCGGAAAGCUACAGUUCGACUCGGCAUCGAAUUAUUGGGGCUCGUGGAAGGCCACUGAUCUUUGAUCGCUGC